AUGGGUGCCAGCGAGUCCAAGCCGUCCUCCAACACGCCGCCACACCUGUGGAAGGCCCCAGCGCCCUCGGGCAUCUCGCACGACCUCGUCGAGCAGCUGCAGUCCAGCCCAGAGACCGAUGUCUCCCGCGCCCAGCUCACGGAGCUCCAGAUCCAGCGCCGCGUCGCCGAGGAGCUGAAGCGCCUGCGGGCCAAGGAGUCCGAGGCGCUCCGCCUCGCGCACGACAAGAUCGCCUCGGAAGAGACCGCCGCGGCGCCCGAGGGUCAGCGCAGCCACGACAGCGUGAAGCAGGAGGUCGAGGCGCUGCGCGCGAAGCUGACGGAGCGCAAGCAGGUGCGCGCGCUGCCCGAGGGCGUGGAGAAGGCGCGCGGCGAGGUGGUGCGGUGUCUGCGCGAGAACGACCGCCGGCCGCUCGACUGCUGGAAGGAGGUGGAGGCGUUCAAGGAGGAGGUGAAGAGGUUGGAGAAGGGCUGGGUUGAGAAGGUCAUCUCGUAA